AUUCUCCCUUUUUCUCACUUAUUCUGCGUUUUUUCUGCAUGUCUCAAAGUUUUUUGUGAAUUCUCCUCCUUCUGGGGGCUUGUGCACCUGUGAAACCUCCUUCAAUGUUUCUCCAGUCUCUUCAGCUUUCUCCAAAUCCACCCCCACCUUCUCUCCAGAUGAAUAGAUGACGGAGUGGUCUGUGGCUGGCAGAGGGGAUUUACUAGAGCUUAGUCAGAGGGGGAUUAUCACUUUUGCUUGGCAUGUUUAGUUAUCUAUUUUGAGGAUGAGGCUAGAGAAAAGCUGACCUUCGUCUGGCACAGCACUUAAGAGGUCUCUUGUAGCUGGUUAAAUCUUAAUCCUCAUACUAUAUAAGCAUCAAAAUGGUUGACCCGAGUGAAGAGGAUAAUGCAAAAAUGACCAGCCAACAGGCACUCUGUACUCCUGAUAAAGACACUGACACCCUCAAGGACCCCUGUUGCUCUACUCUUAAGAUGUUCAUCAUGUCCUUGUCCUUCGCCUACUUCUCCAAGGCUUUAUGUGGCACCUACAUGAAGAGUUCUAUCACUCAGAUAGAGAGAAGAUUCGACCUGUCCAGCUCACUGGUCGGCCUGAUCGAUGGCAGCUUUGAGAUGGGUAACCUGCUUUUUCUGGCUGUAGUUAGUCAUUUCGGGGCAAAGCUACACAGACCCAGGCUCAUUGGAUCAGGCUGUUUUCUGAUGGCUAUUGGCUCUGCAAUCACAGGAUUGCCACACUUCUUCAUGGGACGAUAUAAAUAUGACACAGUUAUUCAAGGCUCACUGAAUGAAACUAACAGUGUAGCAGCCUGUCAGGAAGCCACAGUGCAAAGCAAUUACCCAAAUAUACAUCAAGAAUCUUCAGUGAACUUUAACACAGGCUCAGACUGUGAGAAAGAACCUGGUUCCUACAUGUGGGUUUAUGUGUUCCUGGGAAAUGCCCUGAGGGGGAUAGGAGAAACCCCAGUCACUCCCCUCGGCAUCUCAUACAUUGACGACUUUGCGAAAGCAGAGAACUCUGUGUUUUACAUAGCUUGUCUCCAGACCAUCUCGUUGCUGGGGCCCAUGUUUGGCUUCCUGAUGGGCUCCAUGUGUGCCAAACUGUAUGUGGAUAUUGGAUUUGUCAAUGUUGACUCUGUGACCAUAACCCCCAAAGAUGCACGAUGGGUGGGGGCCUGGUGGCUCGGUUUCUUUGUGUCAUCCAGCAUCUUGCUCCUGGCUGGCAUUCCUUUCUGGUUCUUCCCUCGUUCCUUACCAAAGCAAGCUGAGGAACAACGGGAAGAUCCUAGCUCUCCACAUGGCUAUCAGGAACAUUCUGCACAUCCAGCUACCCCAACUAUGAAACUGGUAGACAUUGCAAAAGGUUUCUUGCCCUCACUAAAGAAACUCCUGGGCACUCCAGUCUACUUGCUUCUGCUCUGUGGGAGCAUUCUCAAUUUCAACUCAUUUAUCGGCUUGAUCACCUUCAAGGCCAAGUACAUGGAGCAACAGUUUGGCCAAUCUGCCUCCAGAGCAAACUUCCUCAUUGGUGUACUGAAUCUGCCGGUGGUUGCUGUGGGGAUCUUUCUGGGUGGUCUUGUGAUGAAGAGGUAUAAGCUGAGUGUGGUUUCUGGAGCUCAGCUCUCCUUCCUCACCUCCUUCUCGGCCUACCUGCUCAUGCUCCUGCAAUUCGGCACCAAGUGUGACAAUCUGCGCAUGGCUGGCCUCACUGUGUCCUAUAACGGGACCCCUCAGAUUUCAUAUGAUGCACAAACACUGUUCUCACAGUGUAACCAGCAAUGUUCCUGUUCUGCAGCUGAGUGGGAUCCAGUGUGUUCUGAUGAUGGCAUUACAUACAUAUCUCCAUGUUUAGCAGGAUGUAUGAGUUCCUCUGGACACGGAAAAAACACGGCCUUCCACAACUGCAGCUGUGUAUUGAGUCCUUCACCAGUAGAAGGCAGUACUUCAGUAUCUCUUGGUCAGUGUCCCCGGGGUCCAGCAUGCAGUCGCAGCUUCACCUCCUACAUGGCCGUGUCCGUCCUCAGCUCCUUCAUUAAUUCUCUGGGGACCACGCCUGCAUACAUGGUCAUUAUAAGGUGCAUCAGUCCUGAGCUGAAGUCACUGGCACUGGGCAUUCAGACUCUGGUGAUAAGAACUCUAGCGGGUAUUCCAGCUCCAGUGUAUUUUGGGGCCCUGAUUGACUCCACCUGUUUGAAAUGGGGUAUGAAAAAGUGCGGAGGCCGAGGCGCAUGUCGCUUAUACAACUCAGACAAGUACAGAGUGAUCUUCUUAGGCCUGAUCUCAUGUUUGAGUGGCUCCUCAUACUUCUUCGUCAUUGCUGUCAUCAUACUGUUGAGGAAGCAGUUCAGUAAGGAAGCUCUAAGAGCCCUCCAGGAAGCUAACCAGGGCCGACUUGAGCUACACUCACCGCAACUGCACUGUGAUGAGGUGUCAGAACAUUGCUGCAGUCCAUCACAACCUGGAGGAGAGGCUUUAGUCCCCAGUGAGAGGACAGUAGAGACAACAGAGUCUUACGCACCACAUGAAUGCCCAGCAUCACCAUCAACAGUGACCCCAGAGAAGCCAGGGGUCAUUGUCACGGAACGGGUUAAUGGGCUAACUGGAGUGGACGGCAACUUAGAAUCAGCCUACGGAGGACAGCAGGACUUGGAAACAGAAUCCAGAGACCCAGCUAAGGAACUAGCUGUAGCCUAACUCACUCACUUUGUUACUACACUGCAUUGAAUAGUACUUGAUUCAAAUGUUUAUAUCAUUUAGACAUGAAUGAAAUACAUCAGCACAGUUUUGUAAAGCUUGCCUAAUCUAGCAACAGUUGCUAUGACAGACUGCAUUUGUUUACAGAGGUUGCAUUGGUUUAAUAGCCCAUAUUUUACUCAUGUGGGAAUGAUGUACACAUAUGAAGGUUCAGUGAGGACCUUCCUUUUUCAGCAAGUCUGUUUCUCAGAGACUGUAUUCUUAAAUAAAGAACUGGUUAAUAGCUCCGUAAUCAUACUUUCACAGAUUGCUGAAAAUUCAUCUCUCUAAUGGACUCAUUAGUCACUCGCUUAGUCACCUCCUUGAACCAUAUCUGCUUGUGUUUGGAGUGAAAUUAAGUUUUUCUUGUGCCUUACAAGAAAAAGGUGCCUUAAAUUUACAUGAUUCAGCCAGUUGGUUGCACACAAAUAUAACUAUCUGUCAGUACUGAAUAUCUGUCAGUUCACUUCUUUUGGCAAGACUUAUUAUAUUUUUAACCCAAAUGCAACCAGCUGUGCAAUUUUUUGCAUUUGCAUUUGCAUUUGUGUUUGCGUUUGACUGAGGAUGAGCAGCAUGACCUUGACACUGUUCAUUAGCUGGGAUAAUGGAGAGGAUGCCUCCACUAACACAAGUAGCCAUCUCAUUAUCAGCCAGGUCAUAGGUGUAUUAGCUUUGCCUGCUGCUUCAGCUGACCGAUAGGUAAAAUUCUGUGGAACUAAUCAAACUCAAAGAUGAGGUUCUGGGUGAGAAGUGUGCUGGCCACACCUUGCCUCCUUUCCAUGGGGCGACAUCAUUUCUCAGUGAUUGAUGGGAUGGAAGAGCAAACAACAGCAACCACAGAAACACAUUUUACUGAUUUACUGUAUUAGAAUGUUUUGUAGGGUUUAGAUUUCUUUCACAAAAGUGCAUUGAAUGAAAUUGAUUCAAAUGUGUUUCCACAUGAAUAAAAUAUGUUACAUAGGCACAUUUAUUGCCAAACGUAAGUAAACUAAAAGACAAAUUUGCAUUGGUGUAAGGCAUUUUAUAUAUGCAGACAUUAUGCAUACCUUUGGAUAUAAGCAUUGCUUUUUCCAGUGCAAACAUUCACAUACUGUAAUGUAUCAUACUAUGCAAAGGUUGUUUGAUUUGCAAAUGUUGUUUUUUAUCCAUUUAAUUUUAUUAGCUCAGCAUCUUGACAGCUACACAUCCUUUCAGACUCAGUGUUGAGUUGUCUUCUCACAGUGGAAAGAUGGACAGAAACACCUAUGGAUUUUUUUCAGAUCUGAAGCAGAGAUGGAAGCUGUAAUGGUAGUAGUUGUGGUGGUCUCCCAGGUCUUAGAUGCUUGUUAGACAUCCCACUUUCUCUGCAUCUUUUAAUUUCCAAAACUCCAGUUUCCUUUCGUUUCCUUAUAUACAGCACAGUACUGUAUAAUACUGUAUAUGGGCUGAUGUGCAUAUUUAAUUGCAACACUAAAAUCUUUUGUUGAAGACCAAACAAUAAGAUCCUAA